GUCAACUUUCUAAAAAAACUAUAACAAUAGAGUAAUAAAACGCAUCAAAAGAUUCUAGAAUAGACUUAACACACGCAUAGAACACAUCUCCAUUGUAUAUAUACAUCUUCCAUGCCAUAUGAACGGAACUAGAUUAGUGAAUGACCAAAACCAGACGGCUCAGCUAGCGGCCCAAUUCAACCAAUUCUACCUCAAGACUACCCUGGCCAAGAUCAGCCAGAUUGGGAACUAUCGGAUUAUACAAGAGAUUGGUGAGGGCUCAUUUGGGAAGGUAUAUUUAGCAAGACACAUCUUGCUCAACAUCAAUGUUGUGCUCAAGUGUGGGUUGAUCGAUGAUCCCAAUAUUGUCAGGGAGAUUUACUAUCAUAAACAAUUGAAACAUAAGAAUAUUGUCAGUUUAUAUGAGGUGAUCAAGACGGAGAAUCAUUUGUGGAUUGUCAUGGAGUAUUGUGAAGGUGGUGAAUUGUAUUAUUACAUCUACGAGAAGAAGCGGUUGACUAUGGCUGAAUGUCGUGUUAUCUUCUUCCAAAUAGUAUUGGGGGUUAAACACGUCCAUCUGUUGAAUCUAAGUCAUCGAGAUUUGAAAUUGGAGAAUAUUUUACUAGCAGAUAAGAAACGCACGGUGGUGAAACUCACUGAUUUCGGAUUCAUCAGAGAGUUCAAUCCCUAUAGCCGAAAAUUCCUUUCUACAAUUUGUGGAACUACGGUAUACAUGGCACCUGAACUACUCAAGAAUGAAAAGUAUCUGGGUUUUUCUGUAGAUAUUUGGUCAUUGGGUGUGAUCUUAUAUACCAUGCUCUAUGGAGUGCUACCGUUUGAUGACGAUGACGAAUUGAAAAUCAGAGCCAAAAUAAUCCAAGGUGAGCCAAGCUACGCCGAUUGCGUGCCGGAAGAAGCCAAUCAAUUAAUCAAGAAGAUGUUGAGCAAAGAUCCAAACAAUCGACCUAGUCUUACUGAAAUUUUAAACUCGGGAUUAUUAAUGGAUUGUCAUAACAAGUACCUUGCUGAGAAUACAAAACGAACAUACACGAGUUCAUCGGGUGGAGAUACAGAAUCAAUUAUGUCUAUCAACCAGCAUUAUAAUGUCAUGAGCGAACCUUUCGAAUCACGAAUAGAACGAGAUAUUCUCAAGAAGCUCCAAAGAUUGAACUUUGAUGUCGAUGAAUUACAAGCAAGUGUCAUCAACAAUGAAAUGAAUUCCUUAACUGCAUUCUAUGAACUUCUUCUCACUCAAGAAUACUCCAAAAAGAAAAGAAAGUACAUGCGAGAUAAGAAAAGAAAGUACUAUGAAGCAACAUUACGUAAAUCACGUAAGCGUGUCAAGAGUGUACUCGCUCUUACUGAUCAAGUACCAGCCCAACCACUAGAACGAAUCAUAUCCACAUUGAGUCUUGUAUCCAAUCGAAGCAAAACCAAUCUUUCAAAAAUAAAUGAAUCACGAAAGUCGAUGGAUUUGGAUAAGCGAAUGGACCCACCAUCUCCAAAAACCACCACCACGUCACUUUCCUUGCCUGCCACCCCAUUGACAAGCACACCAUUGAAAUCCCAAUACAAGUCAAAUGGUCAAGCAACGUUCUCCCUUUCUCAAUCUCCCAAGGCCGCAGCAAAGUCACUUUCCACAGAUUUAGGAAGUUCGUCGUUAAUAGAUGCACCAUCUAUGCAUCGCUCGGUAUCGUUUGUUCCUGAAGAACGUAGAUUAUCGAGUGUCUCGUCACAUAGGGAAUCACUUAAUAUUAUCAAAACUCAGUCCAACCAAAGCAGUCAUCAUCAUAAAGGUGGGAAGAUUUUAAACAAAUUGCAAUUCUGGAAGAAACAUAAAGACAUAGAAGAAAGUCCGGUCAAUGGUAAACACGAGAAAGUUACAUCAGAAAAGUCUGAGUACAGCCCAGGGAUGUUUAAAAAGAAUACAAGCCCGGAACAUCAUAAUCAACAGCAUGAAAGAAAGCCAUCUAUCUCCGUACUUGAUACUGCCGAUCCCUUGUCACCGCCAUUAGUUAUUGAUCCUAACUUUGAAGAUCAUCCCCCAGCUAGUCCUUCAGAUAUUACAGCUCCAAAGACGCCACCUAAUGUUGAUUCCCGCCCAUUAACACGUACAAGACCUUCUUCUAUGAUAUCCCAAGUGCUGCAAAUCUCGCGUCUAUCACAAAUGUCUACCAUGCUUUCAGAAUCUGAGUUGGAUAUUUUGGAUGAAACCGAUACAAUUGAUGACGAUUAUGAUGAUGACGAUGAAGCUUAUGAAUCCAGUUUGAAUGAUGCAACCCGGAUGCUGUCGGUGGGUAUGACUCCUACUUCAAGUCUUGUAAAUAACAAACCUACCGUUGGUGCCAGUACUAGUUCUGGCCAACACAAGAAUCGACCAGGUUAUAAAAGAACACCUUCCUCAGAUAUGUCAGUACAAACUACGUCAACCACCUCAGGAGGGCUUAUUACCCCUCCAGCACUACACAAACGACAAUCAUUUCCUGAAUUCCACAACUCGUUGGAAGAUCUCAGCACGGAACGAUCAAGCAGUCUCGAAGCACCGGCGCCAGUUUCAUACACGGAUACGCCGAUGCAUAAUCCUGUUCCUAGACCAAUCUCACCCGAUCCUUCUAAGAAACGACGCAUGCGAUUGAACCAAGUAAUGAAUGGAACCAGUAAUGAUCAGCCAUUACAGCAUCCAGCAUAUUUCCGAACUCCUUCGCCGCCAUUAGGGUUUAAAUUCAAUGCAAAGUCUACCCGGGACCAGCUGAAAAUUCCCAUUGGUAAACGUAAUUCAAAUCAGCCAUUUUUCCAGAAUAGCGUAACCCCCAAGGGAUAUCAGGAAACUAGACAGGUUGAGGAUUGGAUCCAUAGUUCUAAUUUCCAUGUUGUGGUUAAACAGCCUACUUAUGAGCCGGUUAUUGAUGAAGAAGAAGAAACUGAGGAUGUAUAGACUUUUUUAAAUUAAAUAGAAGUAAUUCUUUGAAUGCUGC